AUGGUUGGCAUUCCGGGGCGAUCCAAGGGCUGUGUGACAUGCAGGAAGCGGAAGAAGGGGGUGAGGUCAAGUCCGGCGCGACGUCUGAGCGUUUCUGACGACUACCAGUGCGAUGCCCAACAACCUGCCUGCAGCCAGUGCCUUGAGCGAAACAUAGAAUGUGGUGGCUACGACCCUGAUCGCGUCUUUAUCACCAGCAAAUAUGUGCAUUCUACAUCUCGUGCCAAUCCGCCACCAGUACCACAUCGAGAUUCGAUGAUGGACUUGUUGGCAGUCACGGCUUCCACCUACUACGUGAUGCCGCUAUCUCUCGCGCAAACUGCAUUCAGCAUGAGAGGCGUGGAGGCCGCUUUCGGACUGUUUCCUGUACACAAGGACACAGGCGGGGCCUUGAAGUUAGUCAACAGGUUUUCCAGUAUGCUGGCAGCGUUGAGUGUGCAGGAGGAGGCACUCCGUCAGACCAUCUUUGCGGUUGGAAUGGUCACACUUGGGAAGGGCUCCAAAGACCAGACUGUGCAGCACAAAGGCCGAGCGCUAUAUGGUAGAGCACUCCAAGAACUGGGACUAGCGCUGCAGAACCCAAAACGACGGACCAUCGAGGCCUUGCUUGCUACGACAAGGCUGAUGGGUAUCUACGAGAUCUUGUACGGUGCCGACGGAGAAGACUCGACACAAGCUCGAAAUUGGAUGAGCCAUGCUCAGGGUGAGCUUGCUUUGAUUGUUUCAAGGGGACCUGAAGCUUUUACCACCGAUACUGCCCACCUCAUGUUCACGCUCGCACGGUACAAUAAUGCGAUUUCAGGAGUUCGGUCUCGAAGACCGGCAGUGUUCAAUGAGGAACAAUGGAAAACAAUCCCGUGGCGAGGAAGAUUUAAAUCCUCGAGUGAUACUAUCAUCGAUAUUCUCUUGGAAGUCCCGGGAAUCUUGAGUGAACUUGACUAUAUCGACUCUCUGUCACCAGACGACGAAUGUUUCGAUGAUUCGAGGCUAAGGACAAUAAAGAAGUGCUGGACUGCACACUGUCAACUCGACACAUGGUUUAAGAACAACUCGCGAGAGGUUCACAUAGCUGAGACCGAAGCACCUGUUCCUAUCGAGUUCGCCAAUUUUGGAGUUGCUUCGCUCUCCGUCCGCUACUGGGCGAUAGCAACGCUGCUCUACCAGUCACUCGACCGCGCUUUACGUUAUUCUCUCCAUGACGACCUCGCGCCUUACGUCAACCGUCUACAUGGUCGAUCUUUUGCUCGCCUUAUCCUACGCUCUGUCUCAUGGCUCUUUCGGCGAGAUAACGGCGUCGCAGGUGCGUCAACCAUGUCCUUCCCGCUCGGCGUAGCUUUGAUGUGCCUUAGGCAGAGCGACGUUCCAGAACCCGACUACAUGAAAUUAGUGUUUUCUGUAUGGAACGAUCCUGAGUGGCCAAGCUCAGUCAGAGAUUUCUUGAGGAGUAUGGGUAAUCCGAUCUCUUUGCCAACGAGACAGCUGCCUGAAAACCCCAUCACAUGGUCAACGCGCGAACUCAAGCCAAUCUUCGAUAUACACGGUGACACGAUCACUGGACCUAUCCAAAAGCAGUAA